AUGGCCAUCAAGCGAUCGUCAUCAGCAUCUUUCGACGACAACGAUGACCACAUCACACAUUCCUCCCCCGAUUACAAUCCCAGCGACGAUGAUGCGCCGAAGAGGAAGAAGACAAAGACCUCUAGCGAGAGUCCAAAAGGCAAGACGGUGAUCCGAAAGUGGACACCUCAGGAGGAUGCAAUCUUCAUCGAGCUUGCUAUGCAGCUGCUCAAGACCGACAUGUGGAAGGUGAUCAAGGAGGAUGGCAGACUUGCGUACCGUGGCUCGCCGGGUAUCACGGCUCACGUCAAGGCCAUGGUGAAGAAAAUGAGGGGCGAAUAG